AUGGAUCUGACAAACCAAUUCCUGAACUUAGUAGCACCUCCAUUUUCCUUCUUCACCCUCAUGCUUUUCUUACCACCCUUCCAGUUUUUCAAGUUCUCUCUAUCUAUCCUAAGCUUUCUCUUCAGCGAAAAUGUCGCCGGAAAGGUCGUUGUCAUUACCGGCGCUUCCACCGGCAUCGGUGAGCAUCUUGCCGAUGAGUAUGCUCGGAGAGGGGCUUGUUUAGCUCUUGCUGCAAGAAGAGAGAACCGACUGCGUGAGGUUGCAAGUUUGGCAAGUGAGUUGGGCUCUCCCGAUGUCAUUAUCAUUCGUGCUGACGUUGCAAAGGCGGAUGACUGCAGGCGGAUCAUUGAUGAAACAAUGAACCACUUCCGCCAGCUGGACCAUUUGGUGAAUAAUGCCGGGACAGUUUUCCGAUGCAAAAUGAUAUUGGUGGAGGCUAGAAUGCAGUUAGAAAUCGAAGAUGACAAAUUUAUAAGCUUCUUUGGGUUGUCCUUGCAGGAUAUCAACUUCUGGGGUUCAGUUUACGCUACCCGAUACGCAACUCCACACCUAAGGAACAGCAAAGGCAGGGUAAUUGUUAUCUCAUCAUCCACUUCGUGGAUGCCUAUGCCAAGAAUGAGCUUCUACAAUGCAAGCAAAGCAGCAAUGACAGCAUUUUUUGAGACAAUGCGCAUCGAAUUCGGGUCCGACAUCAAAAUAACACUGGUGUCUCCUGGGUUUAUAGAGUCGGAACUUACCCAAGGAAAAUUCCUACAGAAGGAAGGCAAACUAGAAUUUGAUCAGGUAAUGAGGGAUUUAAGCUUUCUUGUCCAAGUGAGUGUCGUGCCUAUUGCAAGAACAGAAAGUUGUGCCAAGGCAAUCGUGAACAGAGCUUGCCAGGGAGAGAGAUACGUGACAGAGCUGGCAUGGUUAAGGGUCACCCACUGGCGGAAGUUGUUUUGCCCUGAAGUGAUCGAGUGGAUUUUCAGGAUGCUGUAUCUCACUAGGCCAGGGGAUUCACAUACAGAAGCAGUCAGCAAGAAGAUCCUGGACUACACAGGAGCUAAGAAUAUCCUCGACCCAGAAACUCUCCAGUCGACUGAACUUAAAACCGAUUAA